UCGAAGCUUCUUCGGAGCCGGAGGCGCUCCGCUGGAUAAAAGCGGCUGUUCAGACAGACCCGUCGAGUGAUUAAAGCACCAUGAAACCCCAAUACCACUCUCGCAAGGAACCCAGACGAGACGCUGCAGAAAGAGGAGCUGAGCCCAAGAGAGAGGCUUCUGCAGUGGGGACAUCCAGGAGCGCCACAGCUGGGGAUCCUCACAGUUCAGCACAGAAAAAUCCAGGCACUGCUUUCCCCAGCCCGCGGCAAAGCUGCCUGAAGAAACCGGGCGGUCAUUCUCAGCUGCUGGCGCUCCCCGUGAGGAGGAAACCAUGCCUGCCGGUCGCCCCACACUGGAAGGGGGCCAUGUACAGGUGGCCGCUUGUCAAGUACACUGCACCCCUGCCUGACAGGGACUGUCUGCGUCUCAGGGGCCUGGGCAGGAGAGCAGCAAGCAGACACACGGCUCAUAUGCUGCCCCCUGUCUCCAAGAGGGUCACCUUUGCUGUCCCCGAAGCCACGUGGUGCUGCGUGCCGGUGCCUGAGCUGCCCGUGCCCGCAAGAGAGAGGCCAGCCAUGUCCCUGAAACUCAGCUCGCCCUCCCCUGCCCGCACUCUCCAGACUGCAGCCCGUGCCCAGACACAGACGCCCAAACAGCCUCAUGCCCCGAGCUCCAUGGUCAAGCAGGUUGCGUCUGGUAGAACCAAGCAUGCCAGGUGCACCCCGAUCCCAUCUCCCCCUCCUCCACCCACCGUUCUCCAUCAUUCCUCCCCUUCGGCUGGAGCCAGAGCUGCCCCCUGCCACCGUCCUCCCCAGGCCUGCAGACCUCCAGCCCUGCAGAGGCUCCUUGACAAGAACACCAAGGAAGAAGGGGGGUUGGGGUACAGCCCAUCUCGCUCUGUCAGGACUCUCCAGCUAUGUAGCCCCAGCUCCGAGUCCCCAUCCCCUUCCUCUUCCUCAUCAGGGUCACCCCCUUCCGAUGGGGCCCCCACUUCCUUCCGCCGCUCUCUGGGUCACAAGCGGCGUCGGCCCAUCCCUGGAUACCGGACGCGGCGAUACCUGGACAAUCUGGAGUGGUAUCGAACCCUGCGCAGAGAGAAGAAGCUGAGGGAGGCCCGGCGGCUCCUUCAACAGCUGUGCUCGCAGGAGUCUAAGCCACCCACAGGUGCCUGCUCUUCUAAUGCAGGGUCCCUCCCUGGCACACCACAGCAAAAGCUGUCAAUGGCAGUCCAAACAGCGUAUCCUUCCACGUCCUCUUCCUGUCCUGUGCCCCUACCCUGUGGGCUCCCAAUCCGAGAUGGGACCGGUAUAGUGAGAAAGGGAAUUUUGCUGGAUACUAGCACAGGCGGGAAGCGAAAGAGGGUCCGCCCACAGUCUGCAGGUCUGGCUCAGUCCAGAAGCGCCAAGGCAGCCCGGAGAUCCUGGUCCCGCCGGCUAGUCAGCAGUAGUGAAGACUCCCUGUCUGAUGGCAGCCCCACCACUGAGCACGCGUCCAUCCAAGCAGACCCAGCAGCUCCAAAAUCGCCUCUCAGCAAGUCAGCUAAAACUAGAACUUCAGCCACUGACCCAACUGCAGAUGCACAGAACACCCAAACUAGGAAGAAAUUGCCAUCCGCUAAGAACGCUACUGUAAGUAAGAGAACUCAAGGCGCUAGGAGCCCUCCAACCACUGCCAAUACCCGAGACACUAAGAAGCUGCAAGUCACAAAGCACUCUCCAAACACUAAGACAUCAUCGGGCACAAAGAUUACUCCAGCUACUAAGAUUAUUUUAAUCACUAAAACUGCUUCUGAACUUUCUCCAGUCAGUAUGAAUUCUCCAGUGACUAAGAAUAUGUCAGUUGCUAAGAAUACUCUAACCGCUAGGUUUACUCCAGAUAUUAAGAAUACUCCAACCACUAAAAACACUACCGUCACUACAAAUUCAGUCUCUUCUGAAAUUUCAACAGUCACUAAGAAUAUUACAGUCACUAAAGCUUCUUCAGCCUCUAAAAUGUCUCUGGUCACAAAGAACAUUAUAGCUACAAAAAAUUCUCCAGCCUCAAAAAUGUCUCCAGACACUAAGAAUACUACAGCCACUGAAAAAUCUCCGGCCUCUACAAUUUCAACAGACACUAAGAAUUCUACAGCCACUAAAAUUUCUCCAGCCUCUAAAAUGUCUCCUGUCACUAAGAAUACUACAGCCUCUAAAAAUUCAAAAGCCUCUAAAUUUUCUCCAGAAACUAUGAAUACUAGAGUUAUUAAAACUUCUCCAGCCUCUAAAAUUUCUCCUGUCACUACGAAUGUUACAGCCACUAAAACUUCUACAGCCUCUAAAAUUUCUCCUGUCACUACGAAUGUUACUGCCACUAAAACUUCUCCGACCAUUAGAAUUUCUCUGGUUACAAAGAAUACUACAGUCAUUAAAAAUUCUCCAGCCUCUAUGGCCAGCCAGGCUCACCUGAGCUGCUCCACGCAGUGCUGCACGCCAUGGCUGGAGUGGUGGGCACACGUAAAGCUUUCUGUCAGACUGCCUGUGAGGGACUGCAUUCUGGGACAGACAGACAGCAUAACGUGGCCUCUCUCCUACAUCACCCCUCGACCCCUGGCUGCCCUCAAACGCAGGGAGUUGCAGGUGGCACCCCGGCACAAGAGAAGGCAGUGUUCACUGCCCAAACCACAAGUAUUGGAAGAGGAGAGGAAGCUGCAGAGGCUGAUCCUGGAGCUACAGGAGGUCACCCAGGAGCAGGAGAGAGAGGGGAGCCAGGGGGACCAUGACUUCACAGGGUCCCCUUCUCAACCCUUCAGUCUUAACUCUGGUUCCCAAGGGACACAUAAAGAUGGCGCACAAGGCGAUGGACCCUACAGGCUGCCUGAGGUCAACUUGACCAAUGUGUUCAAGUUCUUGGCAGUGUGUGGUGUAGUGAACCCUGGCUGGCUGGACAACCGAGGUCUGAUGCAAUUGGUGGUGUUGGUGAUGAGGGUGGGGCUGGAUAGAGGAUUCUGCGGCCACGCCCAUUUGGAGCUCAAGCACCUCCUAUUGGUACUGCUGCAUAACCUUGGAGACUGGAGGACACAGCUGCCGGAGCUGUGUCUGACCCUGGCUGAUCUCUCCAAGCACCAUCACACCCUUCUGUGGCUUGUACAACUCCUGCCAGACUGCCGGGAGAGAUGGAGGCAGCUGCGCAGGCACCUCAGCUUGGCCAUCAUGUCCAAACUGCUGGGCAUGCAGAAACAGCCAGGACCCCUGCCCAGACAUUCCCAGCUUGCAGCCCUGUGUCCUCUCCUGGUCCUAAUGAAGCCAGCUGUGCUGCAGGAGCAGCUGAGAGCCCAGCGGAGACUGGCCCAGCUGCCCCCACUAUCCCCUGACACUCUGGACCUGCAGGCUCACUACCUGUGCCACAGUCUGCUGGCACUGGCUGGCAUCAUCGUGGGAGCACACAACCUGCCCAGCAAACAGUGGGGUGACCUGCAGCAGCUGUGCUACCUGCUGGAGCGCUAUGUGCUGGCUGGGAUCCGGGAGCAUGGACACUUCCUGUAUCGGAGUGUUGUGAAGGACCGUGCUGCUCGCUUGCACGUCAUCUGGCUCCGCCUGCUAUACACGAACAUGCCUCCGCAGCUCCAGUAUCUGAAUGACCAAGAACAGCCUGAAGAGAGGAGCUCAGACUGCAAAACCAGGCCAGACGUGGAAAUACUAUAGGGGGGAGCACUAACCCAGCUGCCCCCCACUUGACUGAUCCAGCUCGCAGAGCCUCGACCAUAAUCGGGAUAACAUCUGGACUAGUAUCUUCAGCAACAACAGCUGACCCUGGUAUCUCGCCUUGCUUCGGCCUCUAAGACAGAGAAUUCCAUAAUUCCAUACUCUCUACCCUGGUCUCCCAUUUACCGAAAACCUACUGUGUAGUUUUAAUGACAAAACUAGGAAAAGAUAACACAGGUGUGGAAAGGUCAAACUCUAGAUUUAAUUUUAAAUGAAUGCUCUUUUAUACUUUGAAACAGUUAAUUCUGCACUGUCCCAUAAAGUGAGCUGUCCUGGUAGAAGAGUCUCUGCCCUGGGAUUGCUAACUGUUAGUCAGUCACUGCCUGAGAUAUGCUUGCUUCUACUGCUUCUACUCCUCUUACCCAGACCCUGGGCUCUCUCCUUGGCCUGGAUUCAGACUGUCAGGUUCCAGAGGCCUGGUGACCCUGGCUUGGAGAUGCAGGGAGAGUUGGGGUCAAUGUCAAUUUCAAGGAGACCUGCGCCCCACUUUUCACGUAGACCAGGCUACGCCUUCCCCAAACUGAAGCUCAAUAGCCUGUCCCUUCUCUCUUACUCAAUCCCUCACUUGCUCUCUUCUCUCUCCCUUUUUCAUCUUCUUUAGCUUCAAUAGUAGUUGAUUUGUUGAUACUUAAGCUCAAGAACCUCUUUGUGCCUUUAACUUGAUCUUACCUAUGUAUAUUUCCACUACAGAGAAUGAAAAAUAAAUCAUUUUGCUUGUA